AUGACUGUCUUGUCUGCCAUCCGCACAUCCUUCUCUCGCUCGACUGAGGCCCUCUUGUCACCCAGGGCCGAAGAGAAGGCCGCCUUGUCUCCACCUGCCCAGCCAGCCAUUCUGGAGGCAACGGCGGAGUCCUCUGAGUCUACGACCUCUGUGCAACCUCCGGAACAGGCGCGUUCUAGCGAGCAGUCUUCGACGGCCUCGGCAGACAAGCCAGACAAAUCGGUUAAUCCGCCUCGUCGGUGGUCGAUACAGAAUCUCGUCAAGUACCCGCGCAAGGCAACGCAGGACGUACCCCACACCAUCGAGGAGCUUGACAAACGCGAGCAGGCGGCUGCGCAAGCUGCAGAACACGUCGCGCACGCCCCGAAGUUAACCUCUUCUGAUCGUCGCGCUUUGCACCAUGCGAAUGUCGUCCGUGCGCUUAUCAUCGGUCCGGAGGGCAUCACGCCGGCGCCGUCUAAGGCUGCAAUCAGCAAGAGCGACGUCAAUAAGACAAAGGCAGCUUUGCUUCAACCCAAGGAGGCGAACAAGGUCAUCGCCCGUUUGCGCGAUUUGCCACCCGCCGAGUCGUCUACGUCCAUCGCGCCCAUCCAUGCGGUGUGCCUUUCGCUCCCUGAAGCCGAGGCGGAUAAGCAGCACUUCCAGCGCCUGAAGUCCGACACGACGCCACCGACUGUACAACUUGUUCGCACGCGUGACAUCAACGCAGAACCUCCUGCUCCGCCUAUCCUGAAUGUCGCGACUGCCACCCUUGAGUCCGUAUCGGAUGCUUUCCGCGACCUGAAUCUGGUCAGCCUUGUCACAACGCCCGACUUUGGGCUAGGUGGACCAGCAGACGGACCUGGCAUUCUUUCGGGCGCCCUGCCAUCUGCUGAGGCAGUUGUCAAUGGCAUCGUGCAGAUCACUCCACAGCUCAUGUCGCUUGGCUACGCUACGGGCAAGGCCAUCGUUCCCAAUCAUACCGGCGUCUAUCCACCCAAAGACAGGAUGUCGGUACUCACGUAUUGGUGGGGACUUGAAGUUGUCAUGCCGGAGCCUACCAUGUCGUACCUUGGCCAAGCACAGUCCAUCUCGCAUACUGUCAUGAACUUCCUGACCGCGCUCGCUGCUAUCAAUAACGGCGUGCGCGAGCUAUUGCCGUUUGUCCGCUACAUCUCACAGUUCAUGGAAUGGGAGUUCUCGGCGAUCAAGGCGCAAGACAAAGGCAAGGGUGUUGUCUGUGCGGCAACAUGGGUUAUGCCUGCAGCCAUGGUCCCACGACCGUGGGACUUCCAGAGCCCGCCUCCGCCAGCGCCUGCACCAGCCGUACCCGAGUUAGAACCUCCCGUGGAUGCCCCGAAAGUAGAGGAACCUGCGCCAUCUACGCCACCUGUUGAGCAGAAACCUUCCAGUGGUCCCGUCGAAGAAGAGCCUCCGUCGAGCAACAUUCCGGAGCAGCCAGCGAAGACCCCGGAGGUGCCUGCAGCAUCCCCUUCAGACAAGACGUCUUCACCCGCCGAAUCGGUCCCGAUCUCGCCUAUCGCGCUGUUCCCUGGAGCCGUCGCCGUCAACAACGCUUAG